GACGGAGACUCCCUCCUCUCUCUCUCUCUCUCUCUCUCUCUCUCUUCGUCGAUGGGACGGCGGAGGGGCGCGAAGGGUCCGGUGGGGGCGGUGUACGCCUGGGUACGAGGUCAAUCAGUGAAGGCAAAGACGGCGCUCGGAGCUUUGGCGGCCUUCAUUGUCCUUGCCGCGCUGUGGGCGUUCGUCCGCAACCACAAUCACUUCUUCGUCGCUUCGGAGGUCGUGCACUCCGCGGGCAUCAUCGUCCUCAUAUACAAGCUCACUAACCACAAGACAUGCUCUGGUCUUUCGUUGAAGUCUCAAGAGCUUACAGCAAUAUUCUUGGCUGUGAGGUUUUAUUGCAGUGUAAUCAUUGAAAAGGACAUUCAUACUGUCCUUGAUCUCCUGACUUUAUUUUCAACGCUUUGGGUUAUAUACAUGAUGAGAUUCAAGUUGAAUUCCAGCUACACUAAGGAACUCGACAAUAUGCCAAGAUACUAUUUGUUGGUUCCAUCUAUUGUUCUUGCCAUACUUGUCCAUCCUUUCUUAUACAAGCACCACAGUAGAUUCCUUUGGGCUUUUUCUGUGUACCUAGAAUCUGUGUCUGUGCUUCCUCAACUCCGAUUGAUGCAAAAUGCAAAGAUGGUGGAACCUUUUACAGCCCAUUAUGUAUUUGCACUGGGUGUUGCUAGAUUCUUAAAUUCUGCCCAUUGGAUAAUUAAGGUUAUUGAUACUGGCGGAUCAUUCCUCACUGGUUCAUCAUCUGCGGUCUUCUGGACCCCGGCAGUCCUCGUCGCUGAACUGGUUCAGACACUGAUCUUGGCUGAUUUUUGCUACUACUAUAUUAAGAGCGUCAUGCUUGGCCAGCUGAUGCGACUGCCUUCGGCACAUGGAAUGAGAGAUGUAUAACUAGCUGGAACUUAAUAACUUAGAGAAGCUGCUGAACUACUCCAAGCGAAAGAUGUGAAAGAAGUAUUGCAACUUUUGCCUCUCAUAUCUUGGUUUUGUUCAAGUUCGACCUUUUUUUAUCGUUGCGAAGAAUUCAAGAGUUAAGACUCUCUUUUGGGCUUAUUAGGGCUAUUCUCUGUGGAGUGGCUUAUAAUCAUUUUCCUAGAAUGGCCUUAUACGAAGGUGGGCUCUCUCAUGUGAUCAUCUGAGAAUUCCAAAUUACAUAC